UUUAUAAAUGGCUGAAUUUAUGUUGUAAAAUAUUUUCUGAUUAUCUUUGCAUAUAUAACUACUGAAUUUCAAAAUAAAAAUAUAUUUUAGAGUUUACACUUAAUCUUGACUUUUAUGCUGAAAUCGGAAUCGUAAUUACAUGCAAAAUUAGCAUCAAUAAAUGUGAAGUAAAAGCACCGGAUAAGACAUCGCCCAACGGUCAAACAAUCAUCAUUUUAAAGUUAUACACCCUUAUAUGCAACAUUGAUAACCAUCAAGAAUAAUAUAAUUCUCUUACUCCAAGAAUGUCUUCCUCAUCUCCUUCCCCUCCCAAAAAUCGUGAUAAAUCGCACCGGACAGUCUUUAAAAAACGUUCGAUUCCACUCGAUAUCUCCCAUCUACCAAAGCAGACAAUUAAUAAAACGGAGGAUGAAAUGAUGUGUAAUCACGUGACCACUUCUAGUUUGAUCGACUCAGGAGUAGGCGAUUAUGUUCCUAAACUAAUUAAUACCUAUAAUUCUGAUUUAAACAACGAUAGCAAGAAACAUGAAUAUGAGGACCAACAAACACUCAUAUGCCCUUUCGGUGACGUAUUACUAAAUCCCGGUGACAAUGAUGACACACACGAUAUUAAAAAUACCGGCCUGGAUUUUAACAUUGUAAAUGAAAUAAAUACCACCAUUAUUAUUUCAAAAGAAAAUGUUAAGGGCAAAUCGAACGCAACAUAUUCAAAUGUUUCCGAAAAUGACGAACCCAGCCACAGGAAUAUGCUGUUGUCCCGAACAAAUUUAUACAUAAAAGGUCUCUCCAAGAUUACGACCGAUAAGGAUUUGCUAGAUUUGUGCCAUAGAUUCGGUAAUAUCAUAUCCACAAAAGCUAUUUUAGACAAAGAAACAAAUUUGUGCAAAGGUUUUGGAUUCGUUGAUUUUGAAGAUGCUGAUUCUGCUCAAACUGCAUUAAAAGAAUUGAGAUCAUCUGGUUCUCAGGUUCAAAUGGCUAAGCAACAGUCGUUGGAUUCUACCAAUCUCUACAUUGCUAAUUUACCCCCACAUAUGCAAGAAAGAGAUUUGGAAAAAAUGAUAUCCCCUUAUGGACCAGUUUUGUCCAUUCGUAUACUCAAAGAAAUGGGAAAUAAUUUAAAGAGUCGGGGUGUAGGAUUUGCUAGAAUGGAAUCUCGAUCCUGUUGUGAACGCGUUAUUUCUAAUAUCAACGGAAAAAUCGUUGAAGGGAGCAACAAACCUUUAUUAUGCAAAUUUGCGGAUAAUGCCAGUCACAAUAACCUUAACAUCAAUUAUACAAAUAGUAUCCACAAUGCUCAAACUAACAAAUCGAUUCAAAGAAAUAGAUUGGGGCAAGGCACUCAUCAUCCCCUUUCAAACAAUCCCACCUUUCCUGGUCUCAAUAGAUCCAACUAUUUAUUUCAUAACAUUGAACAUAUCAAAAAUAACUUAACUAACAAUAAUAAUCAAGACAUUUAUUACUACCCACAAUCAGCUCAAAUUUAUCAACCACAUCUCAACCACCCACCCAACACUUUAGCUGCUGGAAUGGGUAGUAACCUAAAUCUUAAUAGGAAUACCUAUUUUAACAAACAAUUGUUUGGAAGGAAUUCCUUGUAUUCUGACAACGGGAACAAACAACAACAGUACGCUACACUACAUCAACCGCAAUUUUACCUCACUCCACAAUACCUAAAUCCUUCGAUAAAUCUUAAUUACGGAUCUCCAAGCGCCCUUUUCUAUCAACCUAUCCCAACCAAUGUUAAAGAUUUUUUACCUGAUGAUCAAUCCCAGUUAUCUCAGAUGGCUCUUCCUCCUCCUCUCCUUACCCCUUCAAAUACAAAUAAUUUCCCUUUGAUUCCAUCAGUUUCUUUUCCUCAUAACCAUCUUACUCAUACUCACUCUUUGCAAAACCAAAUGGGUCAAAAUAUUACUUCCAACCUUAACCCUUCUUCCCCGCUCGUAUAUUAUCAACCCGUUAUACCUUUCAAUCAACACCCAUUGGCGAAUACUAACUCUAAUAUUAAUGUAAAUACGAGUAACAGCAGUAAUCUUGUAAAUGUAAUGAUAUCCUCAGCUAUAGCUACAUUUUCUUCCCCCCUUUCCUUGACAUCUUCUGUUAAUGCCACUCCACUCCAACCUUCUAAUUUUUCUCCCUUCAAUCUUAAUCAUAACGUUGGCCAUCACCAUCAUGUUUACCAACAAAACACUCAACCUCAAACACAAAAUCCUUACAUCAACAACCACCAAAUGCAUCAACAAUUUCAAGCAUUGUCAUUAGGUCAACACAAUCAAUUUAAUUCGCAAAUGCAACAACCUUUUUACUAUUACUAUCCGCCCCAGUAUAAUCAAUUUGGGAAUGUGGUAGGCGUCGGAUCGGGUGGUGGAAGUAUGAAUACCCAAAAUCUACAACAGCACCCACAAUAUCAACUAAAUUCCCCUCAAACCGUUCCCAUCAAUUCACCCAUACUCUAUUACUAUUAUUAUCCGGUCGUUCCCCCAAAUGCCAUAAAUUCAAAUAGUUAUGCGUCUCAAAAUAAUCAAACACCUAUUCUAAAUAAGUUGGAAGAGUCAAGCGAUACAUUUGGCGUUAACGAAAAAAUUGAUAAUACUCCCGAUGAUGACCAAUAUAUUGAUAAAGACGUUAUAGCGUCACGAACUAUCCAAAAAAUUGGGGAUGAAUCUAUCCAAAAAAUUGAAAAGAACAUGGGGAAGGAAAAAAAUAUAGAUUUUAAUAAAAUACAUGCCGAAGGUAGUACUUUAGCUGACCAUAAAAACUAUCAUUCUUAUUACCGUUUUGAUCUAUCUUUGGCUAAUACACCCGCUAUUAAUUCGAUUCUAGAACAAAACAUUAUUAACACCUCUGCACAUAGCAAAUCGCUCAAUUCCUUUAGCCAAACCGAUAACCAAAAAUUCUUAAAUAGGCGAUUCUCUAAAACUCUCACCUCAGUAAACAAUUCUUUGAAAAGGGAUGGGAAUAAAGUUAAAGAUUCAUAAAAAAUGCAUCAUUACAAUCAAUCGAUAGAUUAUAGAAAUUUGUUAAUAUUUUUAUUUUAAAUUUAAGUUCACGUUCGAAAUUUUUUUUAUAUAAAAACAAAUUUUUUAAAAUAUUUUUGAGGUGCGAAUCAAAAUUUUAUACAUGCAAUCAUGUAUU